AACAGGCUGAGAGAGUAAUAGUAAGUGUAAAGAAUGGAAGAUGUGACUAACAGCAAGACAUUUUCUGAUGUGAAGAAAGUUGUAGCCUCUGCCCACAGAAAUACAUCAGCUGCAGACAAAAUUAAAUUUUAUGACAGCUGGGCUUCUAAUUAUGACCAGGAUGUUGGAAUUCUGGAAUACAGAGCUCCACAGCUGGCUGCACAAAGCCUUGUCCGUCACUUCCCCGAGGAACGAAGUAAUGUACAGGUUUUGGAUGUCGCUUGUGGCACAGGACUUGUUGCUGCACAGCUAAAUAAAUAUGGAUUUGGAAUUAUUCAUGGGAUAGAUGGGAGUAAAACAAUGUUGGAGCAAGCAAAAGAAAAAGGGCUAUACCAGGACCUAAAGCAAUGCAUGAUGGGAAAUGAUCCACUUCCUGUAGUGACAGCUUCUUAUGACGCUGUCAUUAUUGUCGGAGGACUUAGUGAGGGGCAGGUGCCCUGUUCAGUGAUACCAGAGUUGUGCAGAGUGACUAAGCCAGGUGGCUAUAUCUGCAUGACAACACGGACCAACACUUCCAAUAUCACAUACUGGAGACAGCUUCAAGGCAUGCUGAAGCAACUGGAACAACAGGGUUUGUGGGAGCAGGUUGAUGUGCAGCAGGUGAAUGAAUGGGAGAAAGCUGUAUCUGAGGAAGAAUCUACAGGUUCUCCAUAUAUUUCUGGCAUCAUUUAUUUGUACAAAAAAUGUACACUUCAGCAGUCACAGCAAACGUAACAUUCUUUGUCAUACACUUCUACUUCCCUUGUAGCUGUUGGAACCCAUGUGUAGAAAAAUGAUUAGCAUAUUCUUACUAUACUGUAGAAAUAACUUUCAGUUAGUGAUACAAUGCUAGAAAUGUGAAAGUACUUUUAAAACUAAUAAAAAUGUUAGAAGCUUU